AUCACCAUGGCUACCUCGGUGAGCACGAAUCCAUCUACGUUGUUGCCUUUAGAAUUAGUCGAUAAAUGUAUUGGUUCUCGAAUACAUAUUAUUAUGAAAAAUGACAAGGAGAUUGUAGGAACUUUGCAAGGUUUCGACGAUUUCGUUAAUAUGUUAUUGGAGGAUGUAACAGAAAGCGAAGCAACUCCCGAAGGUCGUAGAGUCACCAAGUUGGAUCAAAUUCUUCUCAAUGGCAGCAACAUUACUAUGCUGGUACCUGGUGGUGAGAUGCCAGAUACAUAAAACUGAUUUUCAACAUGUCAUACCAAACGUAUAACUCUCAGGAUUUAUUCCACUAAGACACAAAUGGUAAUUUAGCUAUAUAUCAUAAAUAAGAUCCUUUGAAUGCUUAAGAGCUUGUUUCCACAGGUAAAUAAAUAUUAAUAAUAUAAGACUAUAAGAGAUUAAGUUUAUUGAUUAUUUCGCUUAG